AUGUAUUCAAGUUAUGUCAUUAUAGCCAGUGAUAUGCCAACAUUGGGUAAACUUUGCAAUUCAUUUUUCCUAGCCGCUUUGCAAAUGAAAUGUGUAGAAUAUAUGAUUUAUCUACAGAUUAUUUAUGAUAUUAUUCAUCGGAUUUAUUCGAAUUUAGAGAAUAUGCAAAUUCCUAAAAGCGCUAUAGGUUGCUGGCCAAUAAUUCAACGUUUGAUAAAAUGCCAACAACAAUUGAAUAAAACAUGGUUUCUGGUUGAAAGGUUUGAUCGCUAUUUUGCUGCUCCGAUUUUUCUGCUAUUCCUACACAAUGGUCUAUGUAUUGUCUAUACGGUCAACUGGGCUUAUUUGCGUAUAAUUUAUGAGCCGAAGUAUAUAACUCAAACACUUCGAUAUUCAUAUAUUUUUAUAUUAUUUUUAAAUAUUUUCCUGGUGUGCUACUAUGCCGAAAAAUGUGUGGAUAAGAUGGUUCUAAUGGUAUUUGCUUUUAUUGUCAUUUUAAUACAAUUCAAAAUGGAAGAUGUCAGUUUGGGUGCCCUCUGUGCCACACAAAAGCUAUUUGGCUUAGGCUAUGGCAAACAUUGA